CUCUCUUACCGGUUGAGUAAACUCAGUCGAGACAAGCAAGGUUUCUCCAUUGUUGAACAAUGUUAAUCAAAAGAAAUGAUGUCCGAUCAAACCCAUGUUAUGAUCCUGUGUCCGAGGACGCAUUUUUCAGUAUUAAAGUUUAUCAUAAAGGAUCGAUGAAACAUCAACCAACCAAACAAUAUGUUGGUGGAAUCGUUGACUACUUUGACUAUGUCGAAAUGAAGGAUCUCAAUCUUGCUGGUCUGAAGAAAAUGGUCGAAAUAUGUGGUUAUCUUACUGACUCGAUAACAUUUUGGCAUAAAUGCGGAAAGUUCGGUAACAGAUGGAGAUUAGUCUCCACCAAAGUUGAAGCUCACACAAUAGAAAAAUUCAUCCCUAAAGAUAGAGUAAUGGAGUUAUUUUUUGAACAUUUGGACUCUUAUAUUGGAAUAGAUCCAGUUGAGCUUGAUUGCCAAACUAGUUGCAUUCCAAAUAAUGAAGAUGUUACUGGACUUGUUAACAAAGAGCUUGAAAGGGAGAAUUUAUCUGGCAGGGAUGAGUUUGAGGAUUCUAAAAAUGAAUUUUCAGAUGAAGAUGCAAUGGUUGAUAAACAUGGACAAUUUAAACAUUGCUUUGAGGAUGGUAGAGAGCUUGUUAGUGCUAAAAGACAGAGGAAGAUGUCAAAUAAAGAGGGUGUUUGGAUGGACAACAAGAGUUUGGAUAGUGAUUCCGACAACGAGAGCUUUGAUUUUCCAAAGCACAAUCCAAUGACUGAUGGAAAAAAUCCAGUGUUAGCUUUGGAAUAUACCUUUCAUAGUAAGAAGGAGUUAAAAAAUGCAGUAACAACUUAUGAGGUAAAUGAAGGGCGGUAUAUCAAGUGGAAAAAGAAUGAUAAUAUACGGAUUAGAGCAGUGUGCAUACACGACGAUUGCGAAUGGGAAAUAAUGGCGUAA